CAGGAGCUGCGUUGUUGUGUGUUUGUCUCCGUCACCCAUUCUAGCGCAAAGGGCUGCCACUGCUCAGUUACAGUACAGCCCCGAUAUACUGUAGAGAGGAGGAAGAGGAAGCCUAUUAGCUAGUAUACCUUCUGUCCGAUAACAGCAAAAAAGCAUGUCUGCUCAGCCCGGUGAGGAGCUAGGCUCGGAAGGGAGGUGGUUUGGGGAUGACUAUGAGAGGAACGGCCUGUUUGAUAACACACCGACCCGGUUCGACGAGCUACGUGAAGAAUUUAAGCCGAGAGGCAACGAGGUGGCGGGCGACCUGGAUCAACAAUUUCAUCCUUUCCAGGACGAGGGGAAAAGGCCUCCCGUUGCUAUGGAAACUGCAUCUACAGAUGAUCCCAUGUCUGGCCUGUUUAGGAAGCCUAUGAAUGACGAUGGGGAUGUGUACACUUCCCUGUUGUCAAAUCAGAGCUUCACAUCGGGUCGAGAAGCCUCCUACCUGUCGGAUGACCUAAAACCCUCCAAGUCCUCCUCCGGCUCCUCUGCCCUGGAUCACUUCUCCAGCGACACCUAUAGCUUCAGCUCCAACACCAAGAUGACUUCCGACCUGGCUGACGACAUGCCAAAAUCUCUGUUUGGCUCAGAUAAAACAGAAUCCUACAACUACAUGGACAUCAGCCACGGGGAUGAGCGCCAUGACCAGCACCAGGGGGCUCUGCACAGCCUGGUGGACACAGGCUCAACUGGUUGUGACUCAUUGGGCAGCUACAUAGAUAAAAACCCUGGAAGAGAUGAGUAUGAUGAGGAGGAAGAGGAAAACCUAGGUCCAGCACUGGGCUCCCACUCUUUCCCCUACGUGGAGGAGCCAUCUGAUGAAGAGCUGUCAGACUACCGCUCCUACCGAAACCUGGGUGGCACCCCGCAGACGGCCAGCCCAGUGAAGAUCACCUUGACCGAGUCCCAGCCUCCAACUGCCAAGACUGAGUUGCAGCAACAACCCCCUCCAGUCAGUGUGUCUGAGCGUGAAAACGUCCUCAGUGUGGGCUUACAGGGGGUUCCCACUGUGACGCUAUCAGAGCCAGAGGACGACAGCCCAGCUUCCACUCCCAAUGCUUCACCAACACAAAAAGAAUUCCCUUCUCAUGAUGUGUUCAAGGCUGACACAGUGAAGCCUGCAGCUUCCAAAAGCAUUCCAAGCACAAAGGCCGGCAGCAGGGAGCAUGAUGGCAGCAGCGCAGAGUCUGGAGACUCAGAGAUUGAGCUGGUGUCUGAAGAGCCUCCAAAGGCCAGUAGCAACCCAUUUGCCCAGCCGCCUAAAAGCAAGGGCACUUUCAGCCAGCCUAACAACCCCUUUGACAAUCCCCCAGUCGCCAAGGGAGGUUUCGGCCUGUCUGGCAACCACGCUCCACCCACAGCCUACAGCAUUCUGAGGGAGGAGAGAGAGGCAGAGCUUGACAGUGAUCUCUUCAUUGAGUCUGCGUCUGAAGAGAGCCCAAAGAGAGAGCAGGGCUUCAGUGGCCCCAAACAGGAAGUCAGCCCUCCCUCUCCCCUGGUUCCCAGUGCCGUCCCUCCCCGCAGUACGGCUGAGGCGGUGCCAGCCGAGCCCCUGAUCACAGAAAAGGCCAAGACCCCAGUGAAAACAGAGGAGGAUUGCCCGAGCAAGCCCAAGCCCCCCACUGCUGCCGUGCCCCCAGAGGUGCGAUUGGAGAGACCCCACCAGGAUGACAUGCACACCAAUGAGGGCAAAGGAGACCUAGGAAAACCCGCUGCCUCAACCUUCCUGGUGGGCUUUAAUAAACAAAAAGCAAUUGACCUGCUCUACUGGAGGAAUGUGAAGCAGUCGGGGGCCGUGUUCAGCAGCGUGCUUCUGCUCCUCUUCUCCCUGACCCAGUUCAGUGUGGUCAGCGUCGGAGCCUACUUAGCCCUGGCAGCCCUCUCUGCCACCAUCAGCUUCAGGAUCUACAAGUCUGUGCUGCAGGCUGUGCAGAAGACCGACGAGGGACAUCCUUUCAAAGCCUACCUGGAGAUUGAAAUCGCUCUAUCCCAAGACCAGAUUAGUAAAUAUGCCGACAAAAUCCUGCUGUACACCAACACCUGUAUGAAGGAGCUCCGCAGGCUCUUCCUCGUACAAGAUCUGAUCGACUCUUUGAAGUUUGCUGUUUUGAUGUGGCUGCUGACCUAUGUGGGUGCUCUGUUCAACGGCCUGACACUGCUCAUUCUAGCUGUGGUCUCCAUGUUCACCAUGCCUGUGGUCUAUGAGAAACAUCAGGCACAGAUUGAUCAAUAUGUGGGACUAAUACGGACCCAGGUCAACUCUGUGGUGGGGAAGAUCCAAGCGAAGAUCCCCGGGGCCAAGAGGAAGGAGGAGUAGACCUGUCUGUCUCAUUGUGAAGCUGACAGUCCGGUCCAGCUCAGAGUCAGGCAGCUCGCUCACUGUUGAAGAGCCUGGUCAUCAUCUGUGGGGCGUAGUGCUUUGUCAUCUUGGUGUUCUCUAAAAGCAUCCACUGGAGAAGCCUUCACCCUGUCUAUAGCAGUCUAAACACUAACACACACACACCGUCACACGUACAUAAUCCUGUUUCUAGGUAGACAAGUACACAACUCGAAAACAAAAAAGGAAACUGACUUUUUUUGUGUUGCUUAUUAUAAAAGUGCAUGAAGUCGAGCCUUGGGUAAAUAAUAUUUGAUAUCUUUUGUGCAGUUUUUAAAUCAUGCUACAUUUUUGCUUUGCAGUGCUUACCACAAACUGUACGGUUUGGCACAAAAAAGCUGAAUGCCCACAGACGUGCUCUGCUGCCAAUGUUAAAUACUGCUUCAUGUUUCUGAGCUAGCAGACGGGGCUUCUCUCAGUCUAUGUCAAUAUAUAUAAAUAUCAAAAAUGAUUUCCUUUUGGUGUUUCCAAGCACAAAAUAAUUUAACAAUAUGCGUCUUAGAUGUGGUAAUUGUAGGGUUUUUGCUUUUGUAUAACCAUAAGGAACAACACACACGCUCAUGUUUUAGGUACUGUUGUACAACUACUAUGAAGACAAGGAGUAUCUGGUGAUAUUUAGCUUGUUUGAAUAACUGUCCAACUUUGUACUAUGUUCAACUAUACUCUGUAGUUCUUUAGAACCCUGGACUCUUUAACUAUUUGCACUUACACUAUGUAUUUAAUUACAAGAAUAAGAAAAAUAAAUGUACCUUGAUGUA